CUUUUUGCAUCACGUGACAUACCCGGCCCUCUGAUUGGCUUUCGAUAAGAGCCCUUCUCCUUGCACAAGCUAAUUGGUUCAACUUCAUGCAACCAGCCGCCGCGCUUCUGCCCCUGGAAGAGGAUCACACCUUUAACAUCUCACAUCACACAUCUAGUCCAUGUUUGCACGUCUCAUUUCUAUUUACCUGCUGAAGGUAGAGCGCUGCUUUCGCUUGUACGGGAAACAAUUCAUAUCACAGGCACAUGCUCCAGGACAAUCGCUGGAAGUAGGGAGCUGACACGUUGGAAUGCAGUGGCUAACGACAAUGGAGCAUUACAAAACGCCCAACCAGGCAUCUGGCACACGGCUUGCUGUCGACCUCUACUUGGAUGUGGGGUCACCUUACAGCUGGUUCGCCUUGGAAGUGCUUGAUAGGUACCGCACAACCUGGGACCUGGACCUUGUCCUCCGCCCGGUGCUGCUUGGAGCAAUUCACCAUGCAACAGGCAACGCAAUGCCAGCAAUUGUAAGAGCAAGAGGUGCGCAUCUACUGCGGGACUUGCACAGGAGUGCGGUGUUCUUUGACCUGCCUUGGGAGGGAGGUCCCAGUUCGUUUGGCACACCUGCUUUCAACACCAUGAACUGUCAGCGGCUGCUUACAGUGGUCGCCAUGGACAAGGGCGGGGCAUCUGUGGAGUUGUUGGCCUUGGCCCGUGCAAUGUUUUCCACCAUCUGGAGAUCCGCAGGGCAGGAGUUAGACGUGCGAGACGCCGAGUUUCUGAAAGGUUGCUGUAGCAAAGCGGGCUUCACACAGGAGGAGACCGACGUGUACUAUAGCAGGCUGCAGCGGGAUGACACCAAGGCGAAACUGAAGGAGACUACUACAGAAGCGAUCCAGGCAGGUGCAUACGGAACGCCUAGCAUAGUAGUAAGGGCCUGCCAAUCUGAAGAACAUGCUGACCUACCCAAUUCCUGGUCAUCAAAGCCACAGCUGUUCUUCGGCUCGGACAGAUUUGAGCAGCUCGCGUUUAUGUUCAAGAAGCCAUGGCAUGGGCCGUGUCCUACUCGAAGUAAACUCUAGUGGGUGGAACGAAAGCUCAAUUGUGACAGCUUUGACGGUGAUAAAUAUAUACACUUCUGUUGUCCGGUUUGCAAAAACUAAAAGUCUGAUUCAACGUCCAACGCUUUCUGAAUCAGCGAUGAAAGCGGUGGGUUACGUAAUACUUGCCUGGCAACUCGACAUGGACGAGCAUGCAUCCAAAUUUUGAGUUGGUACGUGGUUCUCUGUACGCACUCC